GAGCAGCACCUUGGAUGGCGUCAUGGACGGCGUUAAACGUCAUACUCCACAUGCAUGCACUUUUCCGCCCCUUUCGCCCUUUCUAUCAAAUCGUCUGCUAUACCUUUGAAUGAAUUGCGAAAAGUCUGUGGCCACGAUAAUGAUUGGUGAUAGGAGGACACAUCACCAGUCAUGUGCUUGGAGCUUGCCUGUGCACAUGGACCAUUCAUCUGUGUAGAGCCUGGCACCGCAAGGAGCUGCACAAUUUUGAAUGCUUGCGACCACAUGCAACUGUGAAAGAAGUACUGCUGCUCGGAGAUCCUACUGCAUCAUGGUGAAAGUGUUGAGUCAUCUUUCCCGCACGGCGCAAUCGUCUCAACUGGAGCCUACUGUCGCCGGCGGUCGGUCCUGCCGCGUUUGAUCGACCGGGCCACUUCGCUUCCUUCAUUGCUAGGCUGUGCUUUCUGGUGCCCCUUGCUGAACCCAAAGAAGCAAGGGAAAGCGAAGCAAGCAGUCAAGUGCCGUUUCAGCUUUGAAGCAUGGGGGACCAAGUGGUUGCUAGCUCUGGGGGCCCCACUCCACGAACCCACCUUCUGCCUCUUCGGGUUCGGAUAGCUUACAGUGUUGGCCAUGUGCUCAACGACCUAUGCGCCUCCAUGUGGUUCACCUAUCUGCUGGUGUACCUGACGUUCGUGCGACAGCUGCGUCCAACGCUGGCUGGUGCGCUACUGCUGGUUGGUCAGGUAGCAGAUGCGCUGGCCACCCCAUUCGUCGGCAUCGAGUCGGAUAGGGAUGAUGACUUCUGGCUCUGUCAUUAUGGCCGCCGGAAAACGUGGCAUCUUAUUGGCACGCUGUGUGUGGUUGGAAGCUUCCCAUUCCUGUUCUCCAAGCCCUUGGGCAGCCACCCGAGCAGCCAGGAGGCAGAGUUUGUUUACUAUGCGGCCUUCAUCAUCAUCUUCCAGUUCGGCUGGGCAUCCACCCAAAUCUCCCACCUUUCUCUCAUCCCAGACAUCACGCCCAUUCCCCAUGAGAGAGUUGAGCUCAAUGCGAUGCGCUAUGCUUGGACAGUGGCGAGCAACAUAAUUGUGUACACGGUUACCUGGGCAGCCCUGGGCAUAUCAGGUGCAGACCACGAAGCCCAAGUGGGGCCCCCCGAUGGCCACGUUUUCCGAGACAUUGUUCUCAUUGUGGUUGCCAUUGGGGCCUUCUUCUCGCUCAUCUUCCAUUUGGUUGUUCGUGAUCCAUCACGAGGUGGACGCCGGGAAAGCUGCUCUCGUCAUACGGACGAGUACAUCCGGUCAUUAGUGCUUGACCGCUCCCACCACUUUGUGUGGAAAGACUGGUUCAGGGAGAAAGGCUUUUACCUGGUGGCCCUCCUCUACAUGUUCACUCGCCUCUACGUCAACCUGAAUCAGGUGUACAUCUCCAUCUACAUUCAGGACACACUUUUGCUACGAAGGGAAAGCAUAGCAAUCAUUCCACUGGUCAUGUAUGUGAGUGGCCUCGUGUCAUCGCUGCCCAUAAAGCUUGCUGCAAAGCACAUAGGAACAAAGAAUGUGCACAUUCUUGGUGGUGCAUUGGGUAUCAGUGGUUCCUUGUGGAUCCUUUUUGGCCAGGUGUUGCCUACAUACAAAGAUUACCAGAUAUAUGGUGUUGCCGCUGUUGUGGGUGCCGCGAGCACGACCAUGCUGCUUGCCAGUCUUGCCAUCACAAAUGAACUCAUCGGCGGUCACACGACAAGUGGUGCAUUUGUCUUUGGAGCUAUGAGCUUCAUGGACAAGAUGGCCAAUGGCAUUGCUGUGAUCAUUAUCCAGGAUGUGCACAAAUGCAACUCAUGCACUGGUGUGCGAGACAACUACUACCAGAAUGUAAUGGUGUACAUCUGUGGUGGAGCUGCCGUGGGUGGAAUCCUCUUUGCUCUUUCGCUAUUCGUAGUCAACCACGACAGCUCAAUGAACACCAGGAAUGGUGGUGGAGUGUCAACGAACACUAGACCAGGUGACGUUGUCGACGUACGGUCUUCUAGUCCAGCGGAGUAUGAAGAGAGCAUUGGCAACUUUUUGCCAACAUCACCACUUUUAGGAUCAACGUCGAGUGCAUAGGUCCAGUGAGUGUGUGACUUGCACCGUGCACGUGUGACAUUUGCUCAUCCAAGGACGCACGUCUGUGUGAAGCAUUCCUUCGGGUACAUUCCUAGGGACACUUUUCUCAUUGUCUUCCAUCAGCGCUUCAGGCACAUCUGUUGUGUGCAGAGGGUGGUAAACCCAAAAUGAAAUGUGACAGAGCCAAGAAACGGGGUUUUGACAGGGUUACUGACAAAUUUAUUGUGUUGGCCAAGGCAUUGUGCAAAACAUGACGCUGCUUGUAUUGCUAUUUCAUUUCUCUUCUUUUUUCUUUUUCCAGGCUGGUUUCAAUUCAUGACAACAAAUAUUCAACCAGUUGGUUUUUCAAAGUGUUGCAGUUGUGUUUACGUUGAACUGCAUACAUUAUGCAUGUCACUUUAUUCCAUGCAUCCCUUUUUUUUUUGUUUCUCCAUGUUCAUAAAAAAAAAACCUCUUUUUAUUUUAUUUUUUGCUGCUGUUCAUUUUUUUCACUUUUAAUAUCCCUCCCUUUCACUUCUUAGACAUCUGUUGUCAUGGGAGACUAUGGCAUCUUUAAUGUCCUCAUUUAUUAGGUUCGACAGGUUCGUUAACUUCAAAGCCGACCUUCAAAGCAGCAAACGUACCUCGGUGUCUGUGCAAUUUCUUUAGGUAGGGUAACAUAGUACUAUAAGUGUUUAGCGAACGUUCAUUGUAUUUUUUUUAUUGCAAGAAACAAAAAUAGCAAUGAGCUUUAUGCUUUAGCAUUUUUUUUAACUUUGGUGUGGACUGGCACCUGCCUAUCUGUUUGCGAAAAUAUUUUUAUGGUAACUAAAUACACGUUUCACUGAUUUAAAAAUGGGUUCUUCGUGUGGUGGUUGCGAUCAACACGACUCCUGCCUCAGGACAUGUUUUCAUCUUUCAAUCUAUAUAGCUUUCUCUAGCCAACUGUUGCUAAGUAAAAAAAAAAUGAACAAAUGCUCCUUGCCACUGUUUUCAUUUUUUUCUUGCAAGUAUUUCGCUGAAGUAAAAUUUGGAACCAGCUUGAAUACUCAAAGUAUUCUCGUCAGUCCACCAAAAAUCUGCGAAGAGUAGCAUUAGAUGGCCGUUUUACAGAGCAACAGCAUCAACUAGUGGCAAUGCUGCAAAUGUUAAAGGUUAUGUGACACAUAAAUUUCUAUUGCAUUAUACUUUUUACAUUGGCAGCGAGGCAUUUUAAAAUUUGCAAUAUGUGCAUUUUAAAAAAUGCACAUAUUAUGAAGAAAAACAUGCCAUAAGGGCUGCGUGAACAAACAUUUCAUCAUAAAGUCGAUGGCCAUUGGGUGAACUUUAAAAAAAAAGCAAUAAAGAAGUCUAUGUCGUGAGAAACGCCUGCUGCAACUCGGUGCUCUCAGCAGUGCCACAUGUCGCGUGUGCCGUGGAGCCCCUUGUGCUCGAUGCUGCCCAAGUGAGAGUGCGAAAGUUGGACUGCUUAUCCGAUAGCCACGCAGAUCAUGUUGUAUACGUGUCGACGAACUUCACGCCGCCUUCAACAGCCACCAAUCUAACGCACAUGCGUGUCCUCAGGACCAAUCACAGAUGAGCCACCCCUGCGAACAUAUUAGCGGCAAGCAUUCCGCAACUGCUUGCAGCCCGUUACCACAUCGGCCAGUGGCGAAUUUUUGUCACGGCUACACUGCCUAGGCCAUUAGGCCUAAUCGGCACUGUUUCACCCGGUGCCGUGUUUCUAUUUGCACCCAAGCCCAGUGCUUGACCGCUGGCGCCGCCAUGCGCCGCUCGCGCGUACCAUGUUUCUAGCCUGCCAUCGUUGGAACGGAGAACACGCUGGGCUGGUGGUGACUAGGCAUGACUGUGGCUGCUGUUAGGGGAUCGAUGGUAAUCCUAAAUAAACGCAUCACUGUUUUUAUGAUCCAAGUAUAAUCUCACUAUCAGGGAGGGAGCAGUCUACCUGACUGGAGCAGUAUUUUUUUUAUUUGGGGUGUUGCGGAGCGUAGUGUAGCAACACCCCAACAACCGCCGCUUCGCAUCGGUGCCCGGCACCGCGGCGGCACCGGGGUUCAACCGACCGCGCUGGCAAACAGAGAGAGAAAAAAAAAAAAGAAAAGCGUGAUACCAAGAAAAAAAAUUCUAGCCAAGGCGGUAUUCGAACCCGCGUACGCCUUGUCUCAAAGCGAGUGUCGUAACCACUAGGCCAUACAGCCACGCUCCCAAAGCAUGCAUUCAUGCGAACCAUAUGAUUGCGUUCGAGCGCCCUUGGCGAAAGAAACCACCUAGAAACGCAGUACGCGUGAGCAGCGCAUGGCGGCGCCAGCGGUCGAGCACUGGGCUUGAGCGCAAAAUAAACACGUCACCCGGUGACCACGACUAAAGUUAUUCUUUGGUGCCGAAUACGCGCAGAUCUAUUCACAGCAGCUGCACGAUUCUCGGAGAGCCAACAAACCGCCUCGCAAACGAAAGCGAGUGUACGGGAUGGCAGUGUACGGAAGCUAUUCACAGCCGCCAUCUUUGCGAUACAGUGUACGGCGGCCUCUCGUUCCCGACGCCAUUCGUAGGUGUGCAUCGGUGUCCAUUUGUCGUGCAAACUUGCCCUGACCCCUCAGAUUUCAGAAUAUUUGACAGGUGGCAAAUCACGCGCCGGACCUGACAGUGAAACUGCGUGGACGACGCCUGCUCUUUACCGUCGGCACCAUCUAUGUGCGGAGCUGUGACGAGUCACGUGAUGCACGGUAAUUUCGUCUGUUGCGCAGAUUGGCCUUACGACAACCCACAUGCCAUAAAGUUGGGACAGAUCUUCUGUAUCUUGGAGAAAAACUCGAAAGCAAAACUUUCUAUGCAAUAAAUAAAGGAUUGCCGCAAAACACUGGUCUACUACUAAACUGAGACCCUCAUUGGUAUUCAGUACAAUAGAACGUCUCUAAUUCAUUAGUUUCAAAGGAAAAAAAAGCACUUGAUUCUGUUCAACAGAAAUUCUAUUGAUAAAAAAAUGUUUGUUCCAUACCUUCAUAUACUAGAACUGAGCUGUAAACAGUGCUAGCAUACUAAUUUGGUGUCCCCUUUAGCAAACGUAGACCAAACUGUAUACAUUGAUUUCUGUGUAGCUAGGUUACUGAUAGCUUGCUACAUUCUUGGUAUGCAAGGCUAGGAGAUUCCCUAGUGUGUACGGUACCGUGUUUUCUUGCCCAAAAUUUGAAAGCAUUAAAGUUAGUGAAACAUUUUUGAUAUUCGAUAUUAAAUUCGCUAUUCGGCUUAUUUCUUGAUUCGAUUUGAUAUUCGAUUCGAAAUGUACAAUUCAGUAUUCGCACACCCCCACUAUCACUUUUUCUUGCAAAGAUAAAGCAUUCAAAUUUUGCUAAAUAUUUUUCUGAAUCUGCUAAUAAAAAGUUGUGGUGUAAAUGUGAUAAAAAGUCUAUUGUCCAAUUAAGCUGCAUAUUUCCUGCUAAAACCAGCCUGAAUGUUUUAUAAUAUGUCAAAAAGGCAGCAAUGGUGGUUGCCACAUGGCUGUCAGCCUCUAUUAUGUAUAAUACACAAAUGCAGUAUGUUGGCAGUUGUGCUUAUUGACUUGCAAAAUCAUAUUUGAAGACACCACCAACACUUCAUGUUAUCAUAAGAACCAUCUUGAAAUGCAGCGCAACGGGACGGCACAACCGAGAGGAAGACGAACACUCGGUUGUGCCGUCCCGUUGCGCUGCAUUUCAAGAUGGUUCUUAUGUCAAAAUACCAACUAGCCCAACAUUCAACUUUUUAAACUUCAUGUUAUAUCUAUAGGCAGAAAAAUUAGCCGUUCACAUGGCAAUCCAUCUUUUUUUAUCAUCAUGGCCACACGUGCUGCUUAAGACGUAAGAAAGGAGAGGUUAGAGGCAUUUUCUCUACAGGAGAGUUUUUAUCUAAUUCACCUGAUAAAACAUGCACACAGUAAACUUGGCAAGUAAUAUUGUUGUCUCUGGUGUUCAGGAUUUUUUAAAAGUCUGAAGUCGUGCUUUGCAAACUUGAUUUUAAACUAGACGUAAUCUCUUAGCAAUGUGAAGGUUAGCCUUGUUUGCGCAAUUGCACACCAUGACAGCUUUCUCAUGUCAUGUCCUGAAGUGCCUGUGAAAACUGUGCGAUGUGUGCUUAGUUUAUGUGUGGCAAACUCGUCAAACAAGUCUUAAUUUACUAUACUACCAGCCUUUCUUUUUUGGUCAAUGACAUCUAAGUUAACCAGUCAGUCAAUCCAUAAUUUAGCUCUCUAUUUAUGGAAUUAGUGUGCGAGUUAUCAAACUAGUUCUUUUACUCACAGCAAAUGAGAUUAUUGAGCCUCCCACUGAAUAACAGUCCAGAAAAUGACAAGUACAAAGAUAGUUUGCAAUGUUUCAGGCAUUAUGUGUUACAUGAUUUUUGCCCUUAUUUGUACUGGUGGCCCUCAUUUUCCUGUUACAUUGUCCCAUUUUCUUUCUUUUUCUGAAAGGGGCAUUUGAUUCUAUUUGUUGGCUUAUUUUCUCUUUUGGUACACCAUUGUUUAGGGUGUGAAGUAUUUUUACUGUUUCUAGUUGAGUAUGUGAUAAUCUCAGUAUAUUUAUAAAGUGUACUUAUAUAAAUAUAUAUUGAUAUGUAUAUGUACACGUAUAUACAUAUUAUUUACCCCAAAAUGUGAUUAAUAAAUGUAGGUGCUUCUCAUGGUU